UUAUCAUUAUACAUGUAUGUAACAUGUAUUUGUAGACUUAAAAUAUUGACCUCUUUUGUGGAUUACUAAAUCUCUACACUAGAUUUAUGUAACAAUACAGAUAAAAAGAACCAAAUCAUGGAGCAUGUCACACCAGACACGAUAACAAACUAUACAACUCAUUUCACAACGUUCAACCAAUCUCAGAACAUAACAUCUGUGCAAAGUACACAAAUUCCGAUGACAUCAUGGAUAAAUUCCACAGACUUUCAAACUACAGCUGAACCGUCACCAGGAGAAAUCCCAGAGUACUGGGGAUUCAUAGCAGCUGGCAUUGCAAUUCUGUUUUAUGGAAGCAAUUUUGUUCCUGUAAAACAAUACGAAACUGGAGAUGGUAUGUUUUUCCAGUGGAUAAUGUGUAGUGGUGCAAUGCUUGCAGGUGUUGUUGUGCAGUUAAUACGUAACCAACCACCAUUCUUUCCUAUGGCAAUGAUUGGAGGUGUUGUUUGGGAGAUAGGUAACAUAUGUGUUGUGCCAAUAGUAAAGACAGUUGGUUUAGGUCUUGGGUUAUGUAUUUGGUCUAUGGUCAAUCUUUUAAGUGGGUGGUCUACUGGCAGAUUUGGAUUCUUUGGCGUGACGAAAGCAGUUCCAAACAACAAAGCCAUGAAUUAUGCUGGUGUUGCUUUGUGUGUUGUGAGUGCUGUUGUCUUUUCUCUAAUAAAAAACGAUGUAACACCUGCUGAGACCGAGAAUGAACCACUAGUAGUAUCAGAGGUAUUACAACAAAGUUAUGGUUCAAAAAGUAAUGACUCAUCCUACCAGUCGAAAAAUAACAAGGACAAAACUAUAAAUAUGGAUGAUCAAGGUGAUGAAAAAUCCUAUAUAGACAGACUAUCGCCGGGUAUGCAGAGAAUUGUAGGCUUGGUACUGUGUAUAUUUUCCGGUGCUUUGUAUGGUCAAAUGUUUACUGGCGCUACGUAUGUUCAGGAUCACCCAAAUAUCUAUGAUGGUGCUUCUUUAAACGGUCUGGAUUACGUAUUUGCCGAUUUUUGUGGUUUAUAUAUAACAAGUACAGUUUUUUUCGUUAUAUAUAUUAUAUUUAUGAAAAAUAAACCAAAGAUAUACCCUAAAGUGAUUUUACCUGGAUUAUUAUCUGGUGUUAUGUGGUCUAUUGGAACUAGUUGUUGGUUUGUAGCAAAUAGAGCAUUAUCAAUACCAGUAGCGUUUCCUAUAGUCACAACAGGGCCGUCGAUUGUGGCAUCCUUAUGGGGUGUUAUAGUUUUCAAAGAAAUUCAGGGUACUCGUAAUUUACUCAUACUUUUCCUAGGAUUCGGUAUAGCUAUUACAGGAGCAAUUCUAGCUGGAGUCUCAAGACAUUGAUAAUUGUUAGCAAACAUUGAUAUACAUAAAGAAAACUUUGAUUCAAUUAUAAUUCAGACAACAUAAUAAUAAUGUUAUAUAUUAAUCAUGAUAUUAAUCAUGAUAAGAAGUAGUAGUAGCAAUAUUAGUAGAGUAGAAGUAGAUGUAGAUUAUGUAGCUGUUAACGUUUAUUUUAGUAUUACUGAAGUAUCAAUUGAUAUAUAAGAAAGUAGUUGAGUUUCACAUGUUUGUCUUUGCAAAUAAAAAAAAGUU